AUGGCUGCCACAAACAAGUACUCCGUGAUUUUGCCUACCUACAACGAGCGCAAGAACCUCCCUAUUAUCAUUUGGCUGCUUCAGAAGACCUUCAACGAGAACAAGCUGGACUGGGAAGUCAUCGUUGUGGACGAUGGCUCUCCUGACGGAACCCUCGAGAUCGCCAAGCAACUCCAGAAGCUCUACGGACCAGAGCACAUUAUCCUCAAGCCGCGCGAGGGCAAGCUCGGUCUGGGCACGGCUUACGUUCACGGUCUGAAGUUCACCACCGGUAACUUCGUGAUUAUCAUGGACGCCGACUUUAGCCACCACCCCAAGUUCAUCCCCGAAAUGAUCCGCAUUCAGAAGGAGACCGACGCCGACAUUGUCACCGGUACUCGAUAUGCAAGCCGCGGAAACAUCAAGGGAGGUGUCUACGGCUGGGAUCUUUUCCGCAAGUUCACUUCGCGUACCGCCAACUUGAUCGCCGAUGUUAUGUUGAUGCCCGGAGUUAGUGACUUGACUGGUAGCUUCCGUUUGUACAAGAAGCCCGUCUUGGAAAAGGUCAUUACUAGCACAGAGAGCAAGGGCUACAGUUUCCAAAUGGAAAUGAUGGUUCGUGCUAAGGCAUUGGGAUACAAGGUCGAUGAAUGCCCUAUCACUUUCGUCGACCGUCUGUACGGCGACAGCAAGCUGGGUGGUUCUGAGAUCGUCGAGUAUCUCAAGGGUGUGCUAAACCUUUGGCUCAAGGUCUGA